ACGAAAUUGCCGCAAUAAUCUCAUUCGAAAUACGAGGAGAUGCUUACGCUCGCCAUUCUAGCCUUGCGGCACGGUGAGAUGAGGUGACGAUGCUCUACUAGGUAGGUAGGUAGGAGUACAGUUCGCAGGAUAUAUAUAUAUAAGGCUGUCCGACCGCUGGAUUCAUUUUCAUCUCUUGUUUCACUUUCUUCACUUCUGCUAUUCACUCACAAAUCAAAUCUACGAACUGAUAUACUUUAAAGCUUUUCAAUCUCGGUGCUUCCUACCUCUACAAAUCGAAUCAACUCUGUAAAUUUCGAUAAUAUCACAAUCACUAUCCUCACCAUGCGUUACCAAAUUCUUCCAGCUAUCGCCCUCCUUUCUAUCGGUGCAUCAGCACAAAAUCUCGGAAGCAUCGUCAAUUCGAUCACUUCGGAUGUCGGCGGCGCAUUGAGUACGGCUACGUCGGCGAUUGGUGGAGCGGUUGAUACUGUCACUUCAGGAGCAGGUGGAGUUUUCUCAACUGUUACGUCUGGGGCUGGUGGAGCUUUUUCAACUGUCACUUCAGGAGCAGGUGGAGUUUUCUCAACUGUUACAUCUGGCGCGGAUGGUGCUUUCACAACUGUCACUUCAGGGGCGGGUGGAGUUCUCUCAACUGUCACUUCAGGAGCAGGUGGUGCUUUCUCAACUGCCACUUCAGGAGCAGCCGGUGCUUUCUCGACAGCAACAUCUGAUGCCGCUUCAGCUUAUUCUUCCAUUACUUCUGCCGCUGCAUCCAAAUUCUCGAGCAUUCAAAGCGGAGCCAGUAGCGAAAUUUCGAGCCUGAGCUCAGUAGCAGCGACCGCUACCGAUAGUGCAGUUAAAAGCUCAAUUAGUGCGGCGAUGAGCAGUAUCAGCAGCGAUGUGGCCAGCGCAUCAUCUGGUGUUCGAAGUGCAACCAGCAGAGCUAGCAGCGACUUCAGUUCCGCAACAAAGAGUGCCGCCAGUGCUACAUCCACAUCCAGUUCGGGAGCUAUGAGAACACAGGUACCAAUUGCUGGAGGGGCCAUUUUGGGUGCGGCUUUAUACUUGUUGUAGGUGGAAAUGAUGGAUAUAUUAACGAGAAAUAUUUUACGCGUUAUGUUCGGAAUGGUUUAGGUGCUACGACGAUCAUCUGUUUUACAAUACAUGUUGUUUCAUGAAUAUAUCUGAGGGUUUCUGUGACUGUGUGGUUCAUGAUCUCGUUUCUCCAUUCUUAUUGAAAACUUAAUUCGAAAAUUAAUUACAUGAUCAAUAUAAAUUUC